AGAGAUCAUAAAAUCCGCCCCACCCCAUAACGCCUUCUUCCCCGCCCCUCCUCCGCUGUCGUACUCAUGUACUUAGCUCACAGAGAGAGAGAAAGAGAUGAUUAAUGGUUGAAUCUGUGCAUCGAAGAUGAUGAACAUCACUCCCAACGAAGUAGAUCUCUUCCAGAAACCGCAAACUACUCGCAAAACUCUUCGCAGGAAGAAAACGAACAACUUCACCGCUGCCGGAGUGAAGUUGCGGAGAGACAUUGGAGGAACUACUCCUAAUGCUAGAAGGAGUAGUAAGCCUGAAACUCCUCUACUUCGAUGGAAGUUCAACGACGAUAAGGAUAAUAAUAUUCAAGAAAACAAUGCUUCUUCUAUAAAGGAGGAAGAGCUUGAUCGGAAAUGUAGUAGUAGCCGGAAUGUUGUGGUUUCUGCUAGGAAGUUAGCUGCUGGAUUGUUUAGGCAGCAGUUGUUGCCCGAGGUCAACCAUGGUCACAAGUUAGGGUUUCAGGCUGGUCGGGUUGAGAUGCCCUUUCAUUUUCAUCAUCGUAGUAAAGUGCACAGCUCUCUCAUUAAUGAUCCAGUGCAGAGUCCUCGAUCUGUCUUUGGUCCAACAAAUGGCCUUUUCCACAAGCCAGAACCCUCGCUUCAGUUUUCCCAUUCUGCUAUGGAGGGGUCGACAAAGUGGGAUCCAGUUGGCUGGACAACUGCGGUGGAAACAAAGAAGACAUAUGGCUAUCAGAAGGUUCUUGAUCAACAAGUGAAUACUGCUUCAAUGAUUUCUUCUCUCGAGGCAGAACUAGAGAGUGCUCGUGCCCGAGUUCAUCAGCUUGAGAUGGAGCGGCAGUCAUCGAAAAAGAAACUCGAACAGUUUUUGAGGAAACUUAGUGAAGAAAAGGCUGUGUGGCGGAGCAAAGAGCAUGAGAAAAUUCGUGCAAUUGUGGAUGACAUGAGAGCUGACUUCUCCCGAGAGAGGAAAAACCGAAAGAGGCUGGAAAUAGUUAAUUCCAAAUUAGUUAAUGAGUUGGCUGAUGCCAAGUUAGCAGCAAAACGCUAUUUGCAAAAUUACGAAAAAGAAAGACAGGCUAGGGGGUUGAUAGAAGAAGUGUGCGAUGAAUUGGCCAAAGAACUUGGAGAAGACAAGGCUGAGGUUGAGGAAUUGAAGAGGGAAUCUUUUAAGUUCACAGAGGAAGUAGAUGAAGAAAGAAAGAUGUUGCAGAUGGCUGAGGUUUGGCGUGAGGAACGGGUUCAGAUGAAACUAGUUGAUGCCAAGGUGAUGAUUGAAGAGAAGUAUUCCCAUAUGAACAGGUUAAUUGGAGAACUAGAAUCAUUUCUAAAUUCUAGAGAUAUGAGUUUGGACGUGGAGGAGAUGAAAAGAGCUGAGCAACUCCAAGAGGCCGCUGCUUCUGUGAAUAUUCGUGAUAUUAGAGAACUCACUUAUGAACCUGCAAAUCCAGAUGAUAUUUUCGCCAUUUUUGAGGACGGUCAUUUUGUUGAACCUGAUGAAAGGGAGAUCCAGCCAUGUACUGCAUAUAGUCCUGCCAGUUAUGCCUCUAAUCGUCGCCCUCUCAGUCCAGAUGGUGGUGUUUACAACUUUAACAGAUAUUCUCAUGCAUAUGUCAAUCAGAGUGAUAAUUUAGAGGAAGAGGGAAGUGACUGGGAAACAGUGACCCAUCUUGAGGAGCAAGGCUCUAGUUAUUCUCUUGAAGGAAGUAUUUCAUCUGUCAACAAGAAUUGCCGGUACAGCAAUGUAUCAAGAAGUAGAGCAGACUCAGAGGGAAUUGCUGAUGAUGGCACAGCGGUUACAGAUAUUAGUGAAGUAUGUUCUGGACCAGCUCGGCAACUUACAGAGGUGUCAUCUUUAUCUAAGCUUUGGAAAUCACGCCCGAGUAAUGGAGACAAUUUCAAAACAAAUUCACAUGAAGGAACUAAUGGGACGCUGUCAAAUGGAAGGCUGUCUAAUGCGGCCAUUCCGACUCCAGAUCAUGGUUCGAGUAAAGGUGGCUCUGACCUCGGCCAGGAGUGGAGUUCACCUGAGUCGGGCAACUCGCAAAUAACACGUGGGAUGAAAGGGUGCAUUGAAUGGCCACAUAACUCUCAGAAGAAAAGCUUAAAAGCAAAGUUAUUGCAGGCAAGAACAGAGAGCCAGAAGGUCCAGUUGCGCCAGGUCUUGAAACAGAAGAUCUGAGAGAGAGUUCUGAAUACAUGUGCUUGAAGACUCCUGUCAGCAGGUGUAUCAGUAAAAUUAAACAGAAUUCAUCAAUAUUUUUGAGAAUAGUCUGAUCACUGGAACUUCUCAGAGAAUCACAUGUCUAUGUAACGAUAAAUAACUCUUUAGUCAUAGUUAUGUAAGAGUUUAGUGUAAUUUCAAAGCUGUAUUAUUUAGUAUUCCUUUAUAGCUUAUCUGGCCAUUUAUUCACCUAUACACUGAGGACAGAAGUUUCAGUGAUAAGGACAGAACUAUGCAUUGUUGCUUCACUUAA